CAUCCUCAGCCGGGGAUGCGGGGAUAAAUCACAGCCCCAAAGGGGUUUGGGUUGGGGUGGAGGAAGCAGGACUUGGCUCCUGCCCCGAGGCUUUAACCCACUGACCCUCUGGAGGGGUCACAGUUCGGUGUCCUGGGCACGAAUCGGUCCCUUCUCUCCCUCCCGGAGGUUUGGGGAGCAGAGGGCUGUCCCUCCGCUCGGAUGCCGUGUGGGAAGAAGCCUUCCUUGGGCUUCUUCUGCUCUGGAGCCGCUGCUGAAGGAGGGAGCGCCGAGUGUGACGCGGGAGGGCUCCCCAGCACCGCUCUGCAAUGAGAAAUCCUUGGUUUUCCCCUUUUUUCGGUGUCGGCUGAGCGCCCUCGCCACGAGCCCACCUCGCUGGGAGAUCGGCAUCUACGCCGCCGGUGCCCUGGCGCUGCUGGGGAUCGCGGCCGUCAACCUCUGGAAGCUCUGGCGCUCCGGCAGCUACCCGGCACCGUCCCCCUUCCCCAACUACGACUACCGGUACCUGGAGCAGAAGUACGGGGCGGCGUACGCGGACUCCAAACACAAGCGAGCGAUGGCCCCGGGCUCGCAGAGGCCGCUGGAUAGGAGCUGCCCCAGCCGCAAGGGCAGCCUGCGGGCGGACGACACCUUCGAGAGCAUCAACGAGCUGGGGAGCCUGGAGCUGAUGAGCAGAGACCUGGGCCUGGCCGCCUACGGCCCCUUGAAGAAAUCCAUCUCGGCCGACUCCCUCAGCUCCAUCUCCUCCAUCGGGAACAACUUUGGGCAGGACUUCACGGUGGGGCAGGUGGAGGUCUCCAUGGAGUAUGACGCGAAGGCGGCCACCUUGCACGUGACGCUGCUGCAGGGUAAGGACCUGCUGGAGAAGGAGGACGCCCGCUUCGAGUCCUGCUUCAUGCGCAUCAGCCUGCUCCCCGCCGAGCAGAUCGUCGGCAUCUCCCGGAUCCAGCGGAGCGCCUACGCUGUGGCCUUCGACGAGCGCUUCUCCAUCCCGCUGGACCCGGCAGCGCUGGACGAGAACAGCCUGCGCUUCUCCGUCUUCGGCAUCGAUGAGGACGAGAGGAACGUCAGCACCGGCGUGGCCGAGCUCAAGCUCUCCGACCUGGACCUGGCUGUGCGCCCCUUCAACGCUUGGCUCUACCUGCAGGACAUGAACAAGGCUGUGGACACGGUGGGUGAGAUCCUGCUCUCCCUGAGCUACCUGCCCACGGCCGAGCGCCUGACGGUGGUGGUGGUCAAAGCCAAGAACCUCGUGUGGACCAACGGCAAAGUGACCGCAGAUCCCUUCGUCAAGGUGUACCUGCUGCAGGACGGGAGGAAGAUCAGCAAGAAGAAGACAGCGGUGAAGAGGGAUGACACCAACCCCGUGUUCAACGAGGCCAUGAUUUUCUCGGUGCCGGCCAUCGUGCUCCAGGACCUGUCCCUACGGGUGACGGUGGCCGAGUGCGGCGAGGAUGGCCACGCCGACAACACGGGCCACGUCCUCAUCGGCCCAGCAGCCAGUGGCAUGGGCAUCACGCACUGGAACCAGAUGCUGGCCACGCUGAGGAAGCCCGUCUCCAUGUGGCACCCGCUCCGGAGAAACUAAGCUGCUGGCGGGGGCGUCCCCAGGGUCCCGCGCCCCGGCACAGGCAGAGAGGGGCUCGGCUGUGCGCUCGCCAAGCACCGUGACGGCAGCCGGGCAGGGGCCGAGCAAGACUUUGCCGCACUGAGAAGGCAGCGCUGCCGGCGUGGCCGGAGCUGCCAACACACUUGGAGGCUGGAGCGGAUCCUCGACUGCGUCUCUGCCCACCCGGGGGAACGGGCCUGCUGGGAAAGGAGCCCUCCCUUCCAAUGGACCCAAACUGCUGCCCGGCUGCCAGCCGGGCUCCUGAGCAUCCCGUGUGCUCCUUGGAGCACCUCGGAAUCCGUGGUGCCCCCAAACGAGGACCCAGGGCUCCAGGGAGA